AUGAAUAAAACUCUUCGACUUCAAGAUCUACCAAAUGCAUAUUUAGUGAUUGGAGGAAUUGGUGCGGUUCUACUGAUUAUCUAUUUAAUUAGCAUUAUUGUUAUAUUUCCAUUGUACGUAUAUGUGUAUCGUUUAAAUCGGAAAACAGAGAAACUGGCAUAUUUUUAUCCAAUUACAAAACAUUUUUAUUCUGUCAUCUGUUCCAUGCAGUUUUACAUUUAUGUAACUUUAUCGAUCGGAGCAAUUACUUGGUUAUUUUUUGAUUUAACUGCUGCCGGAUGUGUUUUUAUAGUUUCCCUAUUCUUUGCAUAUUUUGUGGCAAUUACAGUUACAAGUGUUCAAAAUGUCCUACUUUUUAUUCUCGCUCUCCGUCUUUUCAUGAUCUUAUUCUUUCCUAAUUUCAAAAAAGUUAUCUCAAUAAAUCAAAAAAGUUUCCAAGCAACACGGAAUCUGCUAUACAUAGUCUAUUCACUAAUUCAAAUUAUUUCUAAGCUCGUAAAAAUAUUUUGUGGAACUGAAUCGGCUGCAUAUGGUGUGCGUACUUUCCCAGAAAAUAUGUCACUGAUUGAAAAAAAUUUUGAUGUCAUAUAUGAUGAAUGUUCAUCAACUAUCGACUUAAUAUACGUGCGUAUUUAUGUGGCUGGAGACAUAUUGGUUAUGUUCGCUGCCAUUAUGUAUGUAAUAAUGUUUAUGAAGAUCCGGAGAUGGAGCAAGAUGACUGGAGAUCAACUAAAUAAUCCCGAGAAAUAUAUUUUCUAUCAAACAGUUCUAAUAGUUGUUACAAAACUUUUGGCUAUCAAUGUUAUUCUCGUUAUGUGCUAUCAAGACGGAUACAGUGACGAUUGGGCAUUUGGAGCAUUUGUUGUAUCUGAUGUUUUAACUACACCUUUCGUGAUUCAAGGUUCAUAUCUUCUAUGUAAUCGCACAAAUGUAGACACAGUUCUGUCGAUUCAGUUCAAAACGAUGAAAACUUGGAAGAUGAUAAUUUGUGGUUUAGGAUCCGUUGCAGAAGGUAGACAGAGACGGAGGGAAUUCAAAAUGAGAAUAUAUGCAGCAAAAAAGAAGGCAAAGGAUUUGAUUAGAGGAUCAGGCAAAGAUGGUACCAUAUCGAAACCAGGUGCCUAUAUAAUUCCAGUAGCUCAGACCCCAUAAAUCGUGUUUUAUCUGAGAAAUAAAGUUU